GAAGAGGAGGAGCCGCCGGCCGACUUCAUCUGCCCGAUCACGACCGAGGUCAUGAGAAACCCGGUAAUGGCGGCGGACGGGCAUGCUUACGAGCGGUCGGCGAUCGAGCGCUGGCUCGCGACCAAGUCGACGAGCCCGAUGACGGGCGAGGAGCUCCAGCACACUUGCCUCGCCGAUCAUCACAUGCUCCGCCGAAUGAUUCGAGAGUGGGGAGAGACGCGCUCGGCUCGGCACGAAGUAGUUGAGCACUUGAGCACUGGAUAG